UUCUGAGAAUAAAGAUUUACUGUAGUGAGAGAGGUGAAAAUCAAUCUCAGUAAAUUCUUAUCUUGCUCUAAAUGUAUUGAACUGCCGGCAAAAGUUUUUUACAAGAUAGCUAACUUUGAUAAUGUCAGUUUGCACACGUAGUGCGUCGGUAGCAGUCGUUCAGUGCACUCCGUAGCUUUAUUCAAAGAAACAAUGAGAUACUGAAUCGUCAUAAUAAUCUUCCGAUUUUUUAAGAAAAAUCGCAAUGGGGGUUGGAAUCUUGGAAAUACUAGCUGGCAUCGGGCUGCUUUUUUUAGCCUGCUACUAUUACUUCACAUCGACAUUCAAUUACUGGCAAAGCCGUGGAAUUCCUGGUCCGAAGCCUGCGCCGAUAUAUGGCAACUUGAAGGAUAUAAUGUUCGGUAAAAUGUCAGUCGGUGAUUUCGUUAAGCAAGAAUACGACAAAUUCAAGGAUAAACGUAUGUUCGGUAUUUACGCCAUUCGAACACCUGUCCUCAUAGUAAACGAUCCGGAACUGAUCAAGGACAUUCUGAUCAGAAACUUUUCGUCCUUUGCCAACAGAGGAGUUCGUUUAUUCGAAAAGGUCGAGCCUCUGUCAGCUAAUCUGGUCAAUCUCGAAGCCAAAAGAUGGAGACCGCUUCGCGCCAAGCAGAUAACUAUGUUCACGUUUUCCAAACUCAAGGAGAUGUUCUACAUCGUUUCGGAGUGCGCCGACAAUUUGGAAAAGAUUCUAGCCGGGAUGAUCGAGAAGAACGACGUUGUUGAAUGCUGCGAGGUGUCUGCGAGAUAUACUACCGAUGUCAUAGGUGCCUGUGUUUUCGGAAUUGAUAUGAAAGCUUUGGAUGAUGAAAACAGCCAAUUCCGAAGGGUUGGCAGGAAGUUUAUUCACGCGGACAAAUGGAGGGCUUUCAAGUUGAGAUUCAAGCAAAUCUUCCCCUCUUUGUACAAUCUUCUUUGUCCUAUUAUGUACGACCACGAGAUUAAUGACUUUUUCAUCAACACUAUGAUCGCGACCAUGAAGCACAGGAAGGAGAAUAACGUGAGGAGAGGUGACUUCGUCGACUUGCUCAAUGAUUUGAAAGACAAUCCUGGGAAAUUAGACGGCAUUGAAUUGACGGAUACUCUACUUACUGCUCAAGCUUUUGCAUUUUUCUUCGCUGGCUUCGACACAUCGGCCACUACUAUGAGUCACGCUUUAUACGAGCUUGCUCUCAACAAAUCGAUUCAGAAUAAACUUCGAGAGGAAAUAAAAGAGGAUUUGGCAGAAAAUAAUGGAAAAUUGCUGCUAGAAAGCUUGAAAAAUAUGAAAUACUUGGACAAAGUAUUUAAUGUUGAUGUAUUUGGAAUUUCAGAAACACUACGAAAAUACCCAGUGACAACGAUUUUGACCAGACAAGCUAUGGAAUCGUAUACGUUCGACGGGACCGAUCUCACCAUUCCUAAAGACACGAAAGUUUGGAUUCCAGUAUACGGUAUCCAUCGAGAUCCAAAAAUUUACCCGAAUCCAGAUACAUUUGAUCCAGAGCGAUUCGACGAAGAGAAAGUACAAGAAAGACAUCCGUCCUAUUAUUUGCCUUUUGGCGCUGGACCUCGAAACUGUCUCGGUGCACGUUUCGGCAAUUACCAAACUAAAGUUGGUCUGAUAACGAUCUUGAAAAAUUAUAGCGUAGAUAUUUGCGAUCAAACUCCAAUCCCGUACGUGAGUAACCGGCGAAGAUUUUUACUUGGUCCAGCUGCGGGAAUCCGUCUGAAAUUUACAAAUUUAUCAUAGUUUUUUUUUUCUAAAGUAUGUAUGUAUUUUUUAAUAAAAUCCGAGACUUUUUUUACUGCUAUUACUAUA